CAUUAACACAAAACAUGAUGGUUCUGAAAGCAUUCGUGAACAUUUGUUAAAAUUGGUCAACAUUGCAAACAAGUUGAAUGCAAUGGAUAUUGGAAUAACAGAUCAAUUUCUUGUGCACAUGGCACUGUACUCUUUGUCCAAUGAUUAUGAGCAACUGAAAGUGAGUUAUAACACACAGAAGGAGAUUUGGAGUAUUAAUGAGUUAAUUGCUAUUUGCUAUCAAGAAGAGGAAAGACUGAAGAAGAUGAGGGCUGAGACUAGUGAAUUUGCCAACCUUGUAAGUGCUGGAAAAUGCAAGGGGAAGAUUACUACAGUUCACAGAAAUGAGAAUUACAAGGGAAAGAAGCCAAUUGCAUUCAAGAAGUAUGUGCCAAUUGCUGGAACAACUUCUGGUUCCAAGAAACAGUUCAAGUCCACUGUGAUACCUGCAAAGGCUCAUGCUACCUCCAUUGCUUCUGGACCUAAGAAUAAUAACAAUGGUGUCAAAAGAUGUCAUUUUUGUCAUAAUGAGGAUCACUUAAGAAAGGAUUGUCCUGGUUUUAAAGCUUGGUUAAUCAAGAAAGGGAUUUCAAAGCCAGAAGAGAACAAGUAAGGAGAUCUACAAUGUUUAUGUUGGAAAUGGGAAUAAAGUUGCAGUUGAGUCUGUUGGUUCUGUCAAACUGAGAUUGUCCACUGGUUAUGUUUUA